CUGAGAGCUCCGAGCAGAAAGGCUCUGUUGACGUUUUUGUUUUGACCGCUUUUGUGUGGAUUUUUUCGGGCGUUAUAACCGACAUCUAUCCCCCGAUUACCGACUUUAGAAGCCCGCCUUCUCGCCUCUACCGUCACGCCUCGGUGCGGGUAUCCUGCAAAGAUGAAAUGGAUGUUUAAAGAGGACCAUUCCCUUGAGCAUCGGUGUGUGGAGUCAGCCAAAAUACGCAACAAAUACCCUGACAGAGUACCGGUGAUAGUGGAGAAGGUUUCCGGCUCUCAGAUAGUGGACAUUGAUAAGAGGAAGUACCUGGUGCCGUCGGACAUCACGGUGGCUCAGUUCAUGUGGAUCAUCAGGAAACGCAUCCAGCUGCCUUCAGAGAAAGCCAUCUUCCUCUUCGUCGACAAAACCGUCCCCCAGUCCAGUCUGACGAUGGGCCAGCUGUACGACAAGGAGAAGGACGAGGACGGCUUUCUGUACGUGGCCUACAGCGGAGAAAACACCUUCGGGCGCCCGGAGGCCCGUCACCCAACGCAGCGCUAAUGCUAAUGCUAACGCUCGACAGUCACACAGUAGGGCCGACAUACACUGGUGCACUGUGCUUUCGUUCAGACAUUAGGCCUUUACAUGUGCUACACGAGUAAAGCACCGACACAUUUUGGUCGUUUCUGGUCAAAUUUUGAUACUGAAAAAAAAAAAAACCAAAACAAAACAAGAAAUUUAUGGUGAAAAAACGUCGACACAAACGAAGCUCGACUCCUUCCGGUUCGGGCCUUUCCGUGUCGAUUGCUGUUUUUAAAGGUCAGUUGUGGAGAGAAAAUAUCUUUUAACACUGCCGCAAAACAACAAAUAACAAUCAGCACACGAUUAUUCAGACUUAAACACACAAACACACACGUCGAUCGUCACAUUUUACCAUUAGAGUGCUUCUUUGUUGUCACAGAUAUGUGUAAUCAUGUGACUAGAAUCAUUAACCGCGCUACAUCGUUAAGGCUCGUUUUUAUCGUCAGUGUUUGACUGAUUAUUAUUAGCAUGUUACCGGAGAUGACGGCGGAAACUGUGAGUCCAGCUGCAGACCCUGAGCUCUCAACUAUUUGCACAUUAUACGUUGGCUUGUUAUUAGCUGUCAGCACCAUCCAGGAUCAUUAUCGAUGCCUGUUCAGAUCCCGAGCCAUCGCGUCACAAGUGGCCGAUUUGAAGCCCCGCAAGGUUGAUCCAAGCUCUGGUUCCCAAGUUUAACGUUUUGAGGGGAUGUAGGUCCCUAAAGUCUUUACUAGAGUCGACUGGAUUCAGUCCAAUAAGUCUUUCUGUGGAGAGAGAAGCCACCAAACGCUGUCUCUUCUCCAUCUGGUUUCACCCGACGCUCUAAGGCCGCCAAAAGCCCGGUGUGGUUGGUCAUCAGAGCCAAAAUGGCGGACUGUGUUCCUUGAGGUGCAAUGGGAGUGCAGCUGUUUGUCUUAAAACAGUGGAUCACUAACUACUGCUAACUUUUCUUUGCUACCGAUCUGAUGUUAAAUGUCCUAGAGUUGGUUUCCUGUAGCUUCCUAGAGUCUUUCCUUGUUCUUCUCCCAGAGUCGACUGGAUUCAGUCCAAUAAAUCUCCCUUUAAGUUAAUGCAGUGUGGAGAAAAGGAGCUCGUACCUCGUGUUCUCUGCUCCCAGUGGUCGGUCGUCUGAGCCAAAAUGGCGGACUGUGUUCCUUGAGGUAAACUUAAUUGGGCAACUCAACAGCAUCGGUUGCAUUCGAGUGCAGCUGUUUGUAUUAAACCAAUGGAUUAAUAUCUACUGCUGUUUCAGAACCAUAAAAAAUACUUUUUUUUUGCCACCGUGUUGAUGUGGUACCAAUAUGUGGAACACAACGAACUGUGAAGUCUUUCUCUCGCGCGAAUAGAGUUCUUGUUUUGAACUCAUUUCAACUUUGACGACCAAUGAGUUUACCUCAGUGAAAGUUCAUGGCUCCUACCACCAAAUUCACCACGAUACCAGUGGAGUUGGAGCAUCAGUUGAACCCAGACAGAGCGAUGACGCAUUCAUUAUUUAGAAUAUUUUAAACGUCUCACUUUAAAUUGGCCACUUGUGAUCGGAAACUGAAGGAUGUGUUUUUAUUUUCUUUUUUUUUUCCAGGUCUGAACAGGACCCAACACUUUACUUGAAGGUUAUUUUGUUUAACUGUGAUAAAUGUCUCUUAUCUUAGCUCACUUCAUUAAACCCCAAAUGUUCUAACGAGUGAAGAGCAGCCUGAUAAUUAAUCCAUUCAUUCAGUCACACUGAGCGGGUUUUUAAGUCGUGCCUCAUUAUCUGGUCAAAUCUUAACCAUAAGCUAAUUAUUCAUCUUAUUUUAAAGAAGAAAUCAUCACUAAUCUCCAUAAAAUGCUACCGAGGGCGUUUUUUCCUGCGCAGAAAGAAUAGAUUGUUUUUUCCCCCCUAGUCUAAUAUCUAUUUAUUUAUUUUCGUUAUUGUGUCUUGGUGUGAUUUAGUCUCCCGAUCUUUGACUGUCACUGUUAAAUGAAUAAAGGUUGGUUGAUUGAAA